AUGAGCAUGGGCCUGGACGGAUUCACUGGGCCGAUGGCGCAGCGCCACUUUGGCACGCGUCAGAGCAAGCGCUACAACAAGCAGCCAUUGCCGGACCUAUUCGGCUCGGUGAUGGCUCUGAUGAGGGACAGCAGUCGGUCCGUCAGCUAUCCGGAGAUCAUUAAUACGCUUUCGUUGCGCCUCCACCGACCGGAGGUGGAGCUCAAGCGCCAUGUGCCACACACUUUGCAAUUUGCCGUGCAAAAUGGGUACCUGAGCAAGCAGGGCAAUCGGUACACGCUGCUCUCGAAGAUGGAGCAUCUGGAGAUAAUGCGUCGCAACAAGGAGGCCGCUCUCCGGGCCAAGGAGCUCGAGAAGGAGCCCCUCUCCUGGCGCAAACGUUAGAGGGAUGUGCCAGAGGCGAGAAGCGGAGACCGGAGACUGGUGACGGUCCGCUUAUGCCGCCAU